AUUUCGCGGUCAUGUGGGCUGUUCACUAUGUAAUUGUCUUGUUAUUCAUGCUAAAGUAGGGUGCAAGUCCUCCUCACUACUUUUUAAUCUGUGUUUGAUACGACAAUAGACACUUGGAUAUGUUUUGGACAUAAAAAGGCGUUCAUAAAUUUCUUUUUAACUCACUGGAUUACCCAUUAAAAUGCAUACAACUUUACUCAAAUUAUUAAUAUGUGCGGUACUCAGCACUUUUUUACAUUCAAUCUAUGGAUAUGUUGAAAUGCACUAUCCUGAUGAAUGUUUCUUUGAUCUAGUACGUUAUAAUGAAACAACAGGUUUCUUUUUCUAUCUGAAUCCAUUCAGACGAUCUGUGUACAGCCUGCCUGAAUGGGUAUUAACCUCAACAAAAGUCAUACGAGUGAAUUUCAAUUUUGUCUGUAGUAUUAUAUUACACGGAAUGCGUGAUCCUAUGCGACCAUGGGUAUUAUGCUGUAAAUUAAAAUUGUACUAAAAUAAAAGAUACCAGAACAGAUUUAUGAUUGUAGUAUCAUUGAAUGCUG